AUGAAAUUCAAGAAAAUGAUUAAUCGGUUGCCUGAUCACGCUGUCAGCACCCGUGAAACCGAGCACGCAGGUUGUCAUAAAACAAUGGAGUCUCACGAUGAAACAGGAUGCCAGGCUCCAGAAAGGCCCAUUCUUUGCAUUAACAAUUGUGGCUUCUUUGGAAGGGCUGCCACCAUGAAUAUGUGCUCCAAAUGUUACAAGGACAUGCUGUUGAAGCAGGAACAAGACAAACUUGCAGCAGUGUCGGUUGAAAACAUUGUGAAUGGCGGUUCUGGCUGCAGCGGGAAACAGGCUGUGACUGCAGGUUUGGUGGAUGUACAAGUUGGAAAUGUGGAGACAAAGACAGUCUCUGCUGAGAUUUCUGGGGAUUCAUCAUCUGGUCAGAAUGUGGAGUUGAAAGCUAAGACAGGUCCCAGCAGAUGUGCUACGUGCCGGAAGCGUGUUGGAUUAACAGGUUUCAGCUGCAAAUGUGGGAACCUCUUUUGUGCAAUGCACCGCUAUUCUGACAAACACGAUUGCCCCUUUGAUUAUCAGAGUGUUGGCCGUGAGGCUAUAGCUAAAGCCAACCCCACAAUUAAGGCUGAUAAGCUUGAUAAAAUCUAG